UCCUCAUUUCAGACGAGGGAUUUCCAAACGCACGGCUGUUCCUCCUUCGAACGGGCGUUCUUCCUUGCCAGAGCUCUUCCCUCUUUCGAACGGCGCAAUCUUCCUCGCCAGAGCUUUGAAUCCCUGAAGAAUUUCCUCGUGUCGUGCAGAUUCAUCUCAAAUAGAACACAAACGUUUGGGUUGAUGAAAGCAUAGAUCAGAGGAUACCUGCUAACCUUUGUGUUAUAGGCUUACGAGAAUUGCUCGACGUGAUUCUAUUUCUCGAUGUCAGUAUAAGCCUCAUGCUGCGUGGAUCAGCUUAAAUGCAUGGGUUGAUGAAAGCAUAGAUCAGAGGAUCGGGCUUGCCAAAGCCCUGUCGGGCUUGGCCCCGGCAACGCCGGAUUUCAGCUCCAACUCAAGGUUUCCUGAAUGGAUGUUGGUAAGGAAAAUCGCAUUUGUUUUUUUGGGCAACAUUUCUAUUGGUUCUUGGCCUGGAAUCUCGUAACUGUAUUUUUUUGCUAUGAUUGAUCUUGCUGCUGUUUAGAUUUCCUGGUUACAGUAGAUAGAGCUCACUAAGAAUGUCUCAACUGUUUGAGCAGUGACCCACAAAUGGAUGGUGUGGAAGAAUAUUGCUGCAUGUUGGUGGCAAUCGGCCAUGAACAGGAAUAGCCUUUACCUGUUUGACCAAAGAUCACCCCAAUUGGACAGUCCUAGCCGCUUGAUUUGAGGAAAAGAGGCAAGUCCUUUAGCCCUGUUCUGAUUGAGCAUUUUGGGUCUAAAGUUUUUUCUGGGUUUUGAUUGAUAUUGGGUCUUCAUCAAUACCUGUUUUGGCUUUUAUUUCGAUUCCCUUAAUCAUCUGUCACACUGACAGAGUAUCAAUUCUCUAUUUGCCACUACAUUUCCUGAUUUCAGUUAAUCAACUUACCAAUUCCUUCACCGCAAUAAACUGCUCAUCAGUCAAAUGACAGCUCCAUCCCUGAGAAUAAAUUUCCAGUUAAUAGAGCAGAAAGUAUCAACACAUACAGGAAGAACUCAAAUCGGUGAUUUCAAGAGUUACAAACUGAAUGGAUGUGUUCCCUGAUACAUUCAUAACAAGACUUACAGACCCAAAAAUUCAAUUUUGUGUCUCCAUACAGUGGCAUUUGCCAAAAAGUUCACAGAAUCACAUAUUAUUUUACACUUUUGUGCAGGGAAUAUAAAGCACCUCAAUGUUGCCUUUAGUUAAAUGAUAUGAAUUUUCUCUCAUCUAUUCGAUAUAUUGUUUUUCAAAUCACUUCGCAUCCUUUGAAUUCGCAGAUCAAACCUUGCGGUCAUGGAACAUUAGCAACUUCGCAUUUUCUUUUUACUUCUGGUUUGGCUGGAACAGAUCAAAUCAAGUACCUCACAAAAGCUGGGCUUCUCACUGCCAAAAUGGUUGAUGGAUUUCGGCAAUUAGACGGCAUCUCAAGGCCUUCAAACCAUGAAGUGGACAAAAGCUUUUCUAUUGAAUUGAAUUUUCCUACCAUAGCAGUGAUUGAAUGCAACGCUAUGGAGAUUCUGACGAUUCUGAGAACACUGAACGGUGCUUCGGUGAUUGAUAUAAUGAAAACUACUUCCAGCGAUGCAAUUGUGGUGCUCUCAUCAGGAAAGGCUAUUGCAGAUGUACAACCACGGUCUGAUGAGCUACGAAAUUGUGACGCAAAUGGAGUUAUCAUGACAGGGCUUGCAGAGAUGCUUUCCUUAAACAAAUUCAUGCUUCUGGUGGGAAUUCUGGAGCUGCAUCCAGGAGCGAUCAAUAGCAUCCCAAGUAAAGCACACAGAAAUUGGGAUCCUGAUCUCGUGAAGAGGAUUGGUGCUGCAACUGCCCUUGAAGUUAGAACAACAGGCAUUCCUUAUGUUUUUGCCCCAUGGGGAUGCAGAACUGGGAUUCAGAUCUGCCCAGGCAAAGGAGAUGUUAAACCAUCUAGAGAGUAUGCUAGCAAAUGAACCAGUCGCCGUGAAGAGUGGUCAGUUCAUUGUAGAAGUCAAGCCUCGGGAUAUCCAAACGAGGCAAAAGAUGGGCCUCACGAUGAAGAUUGCGUUCCUUGAAAAUCAGUCCAUUCAGAAUAUUCAAGGGAAAGACACCCGCCCGUAUGGUCGAUCAGAUCAACCAUUGAUUUGACGGUGUGGUCUCUCCAACCCAAUAAACCAUACCAACAUUUCCAAAGAAUGUAGCAAGUAAUUGAAUGUUCCCAUUUCUAGUCAUAGAGUCGAUACUUGGUAUCCAUGAUACGCCCUCGGUUGAUUGGAAACAAUUAUGAGAUGAUAGUCUUUGACAGUAUCCGAUAAAGAAUAGCGGUACUGAAAAUACGAAUGCUUAUUUUGGAGAAGUUUCCUUGUUUAAAUUUUUGUACUUGUAGAAAAGUUUCUUUAUUAGGGAGCUUCCAAUUUUGAGAGAAUUUCUUAAUUAGUUUCCAUGCCAUAUUGUUAUA